AUGGAACAGAAAGCGCAAGAGAUAUUUAGGAUCGUGUAUCCCUGUGGUGCCUGUAAGAUUCAACGGAGAAAAUGUGGACAUAAAUGUGUGCUUGCUCCCUAUUUCCCACCAAACGAUCCUCAAAAAUUUUUACUAGUGAACAAAUUAUUUGGAACAAGCACGAUUGUCAAAAUCCUUCAGGAUAUUCCGGGUGAGAAAAGAGCAGAUGCAGUAACCAGCAUGGCGAAUCUUUUGUCUCUCACGACUGGAUUUUAUAAUGGGUGUGAAGCAGGAACUACAUCGGGCGUCACCCAGAAUUUGGUACAGCAUAAUAAUGAUGACAUAACAGUUUUUCAAGGUGAUCAGAAUCUGUUUGGAUCGGAAGACAUGAUCUAG